CCCACUGCCCAAACGACGGCACCGUGUCUCUCCCGGCGCCUCACCGGGGAAACGCGAGGCCGAGUCGUGCGAUGAUGGAGGACUUCGACGAGAUCUACGAGGAGGAGGAAGAGGAGGACGAGGAGAGGGCCGCGGAGGAACAGCUGUUAAAGUACGCUCCAGACCCGGUGGUCGUCCGAGGAUCUGGCCAUGUCACUGUGUUUGGACUCAGUAACAAGUUUGAGUCAGAGUUCCCAUCGGCACUUACAGGGAAGGUGGCGCCAGAGGAGUUCAAGGCCAGUAUAAACCGUGUUAACGGCUGUCUGAAGAAGACGCUGCCAGUGAAUGUGCGUUGGCUGCUGUGUGGCUGUCUCUGUUGCUGCUGUACACUGGGCUUCAGUCUCUGGCCCGUCAUCUGUCUGAGCAAAGGGUGGGACACACACACUGAGAUACACACACACACAGACAUACACACAGACCAUCCCUCUGCGUACCAUACUCAAGGUUACCUGUCUCUCUCCUCCUCAGACACAGAGAUCCAUGGAGAAGCUGUUGGAUUGGGAGAACAGCAGACUGUACCACAAGCUGUGUUUGCAUUGGAGGCUGAGCAAGAGGAAGUGUGAAACCAACAACAUGAUGGAAUAUGUAAUCCUGAUAGAGUUCCUACCCAAGAUCCCCAUUUUCAGACCGGACUAGCUCUCCGCGGCCCCACCCACAUCCUCCCGUGGUGCCUCUCUUCACUCGGCCCAGUCACCUCUCCAAAAUGGCCUCCUCUUUCCUCCCCUAACCAGGCCCAUACCCCUAAAACAACACCACCAUUUAGUGUUUACUGGACAUUAUCUAACUUCUCUAUCUAGCCCCUCUAUAUACCCAGAAAACACCUGUUUACACCCUAAAGCCCCUCCCCUUCUCUGAUGUCAACCUUCGACCCCUGAUCUGUUGGAGGAGACGUGACCUUUUGACCCCCCUCCCCCGGGGUGGCCAUGUUGACUGUCAUCGGUAUGUGGGUCAUCGUGGGAGACCCAGCUCAGAAAGGGUGUAAACGGUACCAUAGACCUGUGGAACUGGAGAAAGUGGACUCCUAAUUUUGGACCUGCAACGAUGGACCUCCUCUUCACAGCCCUUCCCUGUACAACGAGGCACAAUCUUUCCUCAGAUUUAUACCCCCGUUAUAUUGUAC